AUGGCGUUCACGCGCGCCAGUGAGAGACGCCUCAAAGGGGAGAAAGAAUUUCGCGAAGGGGGCAUCUGGGAGCGGAGGACAGGCGCUGGAGGAAUGCGCACAGGAAGCGGAGAACUUCUCCAAAUCGAGCAAGGGAAUGGAGGGAAGCAAGUAAACUGGAAACAGACGAAAAUGGAGAAAGAAGGGGGCUUCAGGAGAAAGUCGAGAAGGGGAAGCUCCCGCGGGAGAGCACACGCGGAGUUUUCCAAGAAAGUCACUUUUUUCGGUGAGGCAUGCACGCCGACGGAAACUGGGGAAUCUUUCAGCGACAGACUCCGUCAAUCAACUAUGAGGAGAUUCGGACUUUUGCCCGGCUCUUCUCGAGAGAAAAGCGGGAGAAAAAAGCACUGGCUAGCGCAGCGCGCGAAACAGCGAGAAGUCUGUGUCGAGAGGCUGUCUCGUCUCGGCAUCGAGAAAACACAGGAAAAAAGUGGAUUUUUCAGGCCUGGGGAAGCCGCAAAGCAAAAGGCCGCUCUCACACAUCUCAUCCUUUUAUUUUUGUGUGGUUUUUUCAGGUUUCAAGAGGCAGUUUCCAGCGAGGCUCCCUUGCAAGGACCAAGACACGCGAAUUCUCGUUCCGCCCUGUUAAGCCAACUCAGUUAAUUAGUACGAGGUUUGACUUUCUGUACCAGCCGAUCUCAAAUCGCGAUGCCUUUUCGUUACGUGACAAAUGGUGUGUUUAAAACAGUUUUACUUGCGCUCGACUGUUUGGAAGCUGGAAGACGGUAGCGUCAGGUAGUCCUGGACACCGGAUGCAUGAGCGUAUCACAAACUUCUGAGAUUCCUCAAGUUACGGUUUUGGGCUCGUGAAUGUUUUUCAAUAACAAGGGGAGCUUUUUGAACGAGACUUCUGGCAAUGCAACACCAAUUAUGGUGUGUAGCACUCUCUCUGUUGCUUAACAUCACAGCGCCUUUUCAUCCAGUUACUCAACGGGGGAUAGGCCAGCAAGAAUCCCCGAUCCGUAAAUUCCGUACAGACUAGCAGUACG